CACAGCUUCAUAUCCCGCCGCCUAAUACAGCCUGCCAAGCAUGAUUAAGGCCAGCAUGUUUUCAAUUGAGCCCUGGAAGGCGCAUCGGUGGUUCGAGCUGCGAAACGUGGCUUUCGUGCAAAUGGAGAUCUCUCUUCGCCCUCAAAUUCUGGGGCAUACGUCUCUCUUUACGUUCUCCCAAUUGAAUGUUCUGUUCUUUCCUUCUUCCAUAGUCUAAAGUCAUGUCUCCGUCUUCGUCGGCGUUCUCCCGGCUGCUACCCCCAAGUCUCCUCGUUCCUUUGCUCCUCGCCACACGCGCAACAGCGCUCUUCGAGACAGGAUCUAGCCCGGCGAUUCAAGACCCUCUAGUCAAUCCACCCCCGACUACAUGCCCAGUGCUGCAAGAUGGCAUCACGUCAAACACCUUCCCGUGGACGCACAACCCGACCUGUGUGACUGCCGUUCUCCCAUCCACCGGAGAUCACGGGCAUUUAGGCGUCCACCAGGACUUCUGCGUCUAUACCAACACCAAUUUCAAUUCUGGUCGAGGGAUCAGUCUAGUGACGACCCCCGAAGUAGCAGCAGAGUUGAUGAGCGAGACGUACUCGCCGUUCUUUGAAGAGGUAGCUAGCGAGUCGAGUUGGGAGAUGAAAGAGACGGCAAGCAAGGGAAUGGGGCUUUUUGCGAAGAGGAAUAUUAAAGCGGGCGAGACGCUGAUUCUGAAAAGUCCGGCAUUGUUUAUCGCGAGGGACGCGCUGGAUACUCCGUCCCGGAGCCGAAGGCGGCUACUCAUUGAGACUGCGGUCAAGCAGUUGCCUGAGAAGACGAGGGAGUUGGUGAUGGUGUUGAGCAGGAGGGGCGGCCAAUCUGAAUAUGAAGAUAUUAUUCAUACGAAUAGCCACCGAGCCAAAGUCUGGGACGGAUCCUCGCAUUUGGUGCUCGUGCCGGAGGCUGCGCGAAUCAAUCACGCGUGCCGUCCGAACGCAUACUACCGUUUCGAUGAUUUCACGUUGAACUUCGAUGUCUUUGCUCUCAGAGAUAUCAAGCCCGGAGAGGAACUCACCUUCACUUAUGGCUUCUCCUACCAGCCCCGCGAAGCGCGCCUCGACGCACUAGAAAACCACUGGGGCUUCACAUGCACCUGCCCUCUCUGCACCGCCAACAGCACCGUAAUCGCUGCCUCAGACGAGAGGCUCAAGAAGAUCAACGAAAUCAAAGCAGUCCUCCCCACCGAGCAAAAGGACAUCCCGCAGAUGCUCGGCCUACUCCCCGAACUCAUCGGCCUCAUGGAGGAAGAGGACCUCAUUAUCGAACUGCCGAUGUACGAGGAGAUCAUGGCGUAUACGUGGAGUAGCUUUGGGAUUGAAGAUAGGGCGAAGUAUUGGGCGGAGCGGGCGAGGGAGCAUUGGGCGGUUCUGGCGGGCCCCGAGAGUUGGGAAGCGAAGAGGACGGGGCAGUUGGAGAACGAUGUUAAGGGCCAUUACACGUGGAUGAGUUGGGAGGAGGAUCCUUGGGAGGGCGUGGGGCACGGUCAUCCGUGGGGGGAUGAUAGCAGUGGUAAACAUGAUCAUGAUCAUUGAGUGGUGGAGCAGGGAAAGGUGCAUGUGGCGGACAAGGGCGUGGGCGUUUUGAAGGUGCGUGUAUGUCAAAACAUAUACUGUUAUCUGCAAGUAAUUUCUGUAUAUUACAGUAUCGAACGACAACAUCAAUCUCUACUG